GUAGCCUUGGGUGGUGGGUGGCCCAGGCAGUGCCUGGGUCUGAAGCUCCUCCUCCCAAGGCAGCCACUGCCCUGGCCUCACCCCCGCUUCCGGUGGGGCUUCCUCCAGGUCUUGCAUCUCUUAGUUCCUCAGAGAAGAGCCCAGAGAGUCAGACUUGUGGUGGCCCUGCAGCUUCAGCUUGACAUGCUGCCGCUGUUGCUGCUGCUGCUCUGGGGGAUGAAGGAGGUAGAGGGUGGGGCUGAUGCCAUAGAGGGUUACAGCCUGGAUGUGGAAAAGAACGUGGUGGUGCAAGAGGGCCUGUGUAUCCAUGUACCCUGUAAGUUCACCUACCGCAAGGAGAAAUGGACUGACUCAGACCCAGUUCAUGGAUACUGGUUCCGGGAUGGAGCCGAUACAAGGCAGGAUCCCCCAGUGGCCACAAAUAACCCAAAGCGGCCAGCACUGCAUUCGACCCGGGACCGAUUCUUCCUGCUCGGAGAACCACUGAAGAAUAGCUGUUCCCUGGAAAUCAGAGAGACCAGGAAGGACGACGCCGGGUCAUACUUCUUUCGCCUGGAGAGAAGAAAAGAGAUGUUUAAUUAUAAGCUGAACAUGAUGACUCUGCAAGUGAAAGACCUCACUAACACCCCCCACAUCCUUAUCUGGGAGACCCUGGAGGCUGGCCGUCCCAGCAAUCUGACCUGCUCUGCACCUUGGGCCUGUGGGUCUCCCUCCUUCUCCUGGACUGGCACCUCUGUGUCACUCUUGAGCACCAACACCACUGGUUCCUCAGUGCUGACUGUCACCCCCCAGCCCCAGGACCAUGGCACCAACCUCACUUGUCAGGUGACCCUGCCUGGAGCUGGUGUGACCACAAGAACGACCAUCCGUCUCAACGUGUCAUAUGCUCCAAAGAAUCUGACUGUGACCAUCUCUCAAGGAGCUGACUCAGAAUUCAUAACCCCAGAGAAUGGCUCAUGUCUUCCUGUCUCUGAGGGCCAGUCUCUACGCCUCCUCUGUAGCACCGACAGCUAUCCCCCUGCAAACCUGAGCUGGACCUUUGAUAACCUGAGUCUGUACCCCUCGAAGCUGUCUAAACCUGGGCUCCUGGAGCUGUUUCCUGUACAUCUUAAGCAUGAAGGAAUGUACACCUGCCAAGCUCAGCAUGCCCUGGGCUCCCAGCAAUUUUCCCUGAGCCUGUAUCUACAGCGGAAAUCGGGGCUGAUGGCAGAAGUGGUUCUGGUGGCUGUGGUAGAGGCUGCUGUUAAAGUCCUGCUUCUUGGGCUCUGCCUCAUUGUCCUCAGAGUGAGAUCUCGUGGAAGAAGACAGCAAGGGCAGCAGUGCACAGGGACUAUUCAGACAUGACCAUCAGUUAGUUCUCAGACACUGCCCUCAGAAUGAGCUUCCUGAUACAACCGUCACCCACUGCCUCUGCUUCCCGAGCAAUGCUGAAAUUUCACCAUAGAUGGAGCUGGGCAGACAUCACAGCGCAGCAGGGGCCUUGCAUGGUCCAUGUGCUGCUGGACUCCUCCCCGUUUUCUCCAGUCACUGCGUCAUGAGUUUCUCGCACUGCCUUCCCAGCCCCCUUUAUUGAAAAGUGUAUUUCUGAGUCUCCACACCUCAAAGCCCUUCCCCCACCUCUCCCUCCUCUCCCUAACCUGAGCACCCCAGCCUUUAGCUGCAUAUUACUCUGGGUAGGCAAUGUGCUUGUCAUGCAGCUCAGGCCAUGUGCACAAGUGAUUAUUACUACAUAUGGACCAUUUUCAUGGGUGCCCGGCUUGCCUCAGGACACAGAACCACUCCCGUUUCUGUUACCAAAGAUUGAUGAACAGGAUGAGAACAGGAAUAAAAAUAUGCAGUGAACUGGGACUUGUCAACAGGAGAUGUGAGUGUGCAGACAAGAGAGGAGCUGGUGACAGGGACAGGAUGCCUGGAAAGCUCUCAGGGCGAGAGGUUGCGCCUCCUUGAGGCUGUGGAGGAAGAUGCUUCAAGGAGAUGGACUGGGGAAGAGUGUGCGCAAUCGCUCGGAGGCAGAAGUUGGCCUACAGUGUGGUACUCACAGGAAGACUUAG